UUCGUGCUCACCGGCACUGCCGGGCAGUGCACACCGGCACUGCCGGCCGACCGGCACCGCCUAGGCCGGGUCCCGGCGGCACUGCUGCUGCGCCUUUCCCCAAGCUCCCACCACCGCGCCACCACCCCCGGCUGCUACCCGCUCGCAGACACCGCGCCGCUCCCGCCCCGGCUCUCGAUUCCUGGCCGCCAACAGUCGCUCACGCCCACCACCGGCAGCCACCAGGCCCGCAUCCACCCAACCCAGACCACCAGCGCCGCCCAACCUCCACGCCAAGCAGCGCCGCACCAAGCUCGCACAGAGGCCGCACCAGCCUCACCGCCGCCCCGGUCGCCUCCACCACCGCGUGCCGCCUCCAUCGCUCAACCGGCCGACCCGCCCUUGCUCCUGGCCGCACAACGCGCGCCCGACAGCCGCGCCACACCACCACCAGGCCCCCGCCCCUACCGCCGCUCGCCUCCACUCGCGCAAGCUCAGCCAGAUCAAAAGCCGGCCGCCCCAAUCACCUCGCUCACGCACAGCAAGCCACCAGCCGCCGUGCAAGCUUCGCUCGCCGUUGACCCUGUGCAGAGACCACGCCCGUACCAGCAACUCCCGCACCUGCUCGUGCAAAGUGUCAGUGCCCGGCACUGCCGGCCAACUCCUAGCGGCACUGCCGCCGAACGCAGUCCGGCACUGCCGCUCAACCCAGCCCGGCACUGCCGGCUUAGUCCAUCCGCUGUACAAAUUUCGCUCAAUUCUGACUCAUCUUUUUGCCCCAAAUUUUGA